AUGGCACCUCCUUUGAGAAAGACUUCUGGUAGACUUGUAGGAAAAAAGAAACCCAAUUUGAAUUACUCAAGCCGCCGGAUAAAGAGAAGACUUGAACCAAUUACAGUGUCAAUAUUUUUAAAUAGUGAUGACGAGGAUGACACAUCAAAUGCAAUCGAUGGCAACCUUGACGGAUUGGAGGUCUCUCAGAAAAAUGAAGAGGAAAAUGAAAGCAACUCGACUAGUGAUAAAGCAGUAAGUAAAUCCUCUUCGGAAGAUAAUGAUGUUAAUGCCCUUAGCCUCAGUGUCACUGCGGCUCCUACCAUUUCUUUGAUUGUGCCUAGCACUAAAAAUUUAAUGGCUGCCACAUCUGACAAGCCUACACCUAAAGCUAAUGCUAAUAAGCUGACUGUCAAGAGAGAAGCAAAAAAUAGGCUGGAUGCUGCUUUGAUAAAGAAUGAGGGUCAAUUUGCCAAAGCAAGUAGCAUGCUUGACAGUAGCAAUGCAUCUUUACAGUCACUUGAAGAGAAGAUGCUUUCCUCACAUGAAGCUGCAAAAGAAGCCAGAAACUUCCAAACCGCUCUCCAAACUGAAGAAUUGGAACUUCACCCUCUAAUUUCAUUGAACUUCAUUGUUGCGUUUUUGGCUUUGGCAUCAUCUUUUGCUUCUACCUAUGAUCCCAGCCCUCUUCAAGACUUUUCUGUGGCAGUUAAUGAUUCCAAAUCUGUUGGUAUUUUUUUGAAUGGAAAAUUUUGCAAAGAUCCUAAUCUUGUGGUAGUUGAAGAUUUCUUCAAACAUGUUGAUGCCGGAAACACUAGCAACAAACUUGGUUCAAAAGUUACUCCAGUUAGCGUUAACGAACUAUUCGGACUGAACACAUUAAGUAUAUCGUUAGCUCGUAUAGACUUUGCAGCAAAAGGUUUAAACCCUCCUCACAUUCACCUAAGAGGCACAGAGAUCCUUAUUGUUAUUGAAGGUACUCUCUACAUUGGAUUUGUGAGUUCUAAUAAAAACAAUGGACAGAAUCGUCUUUUCACUGAAGUGCUAAACAAGGGUGAUGUGUUUGUGUUUCCAAAGGGACUUGCUCACUUCCAAUUGAAUGUUGGUUAUGAAAAUACUGUUGCUGUUGCUGCUCUAAGCAGUCAAAAUGCAGGGGUUAUCACUAUUGCUAACGCUGUUUUUGGGUCAACUCCACCUAUUUCUGAUCAAGUUUUAGCCAAAGCUUUUCAAGUUGACAAAAAUACAGUUGAUUAUCUUCAAAAGAUUUGA